AUGGCUAGGACUGCAAAUAGUCCGCAGUCAUUGGAGGUGGGAUUCCAUAAUGCACAAUUGAUAUGGAGAAGGCUACCAAAACAGCAUUCAUUCCUUUUCUCGCGGUCUAAAAAAAACUGCGCUGUAAUUUGCCUCCAGUCUAAGGUCUGGAAGGCGGUUUCCUGUGAUGAGACACAUUCCUUCAUAUGUCAGUAUGAUAAAAUACCGAUCACGUCCACGACUCUGACGCCAUUAGUGAUUACAACUCCUUCUCCAAGGCCUACCUCGUCUUCCGACAAACAGACAACGACCGGAACAAGUGGAAAAUCAACUUCUUUAUCAAUCCCUGCAACACCUCAUAUAUCAGAUCAUAUCUCAACUCCUUCUUCAACUCCUACACCUAAUAAUACAUCAACUAUUGCAUCAUAUCCUUCAUCAACUUCUACAUCAUCUCCAAUAUCAACUUCUAUAUCAUCUCCAAUAUCAACUUCUAUAUCAUCUCAAAUAUCAACUUCUAUAUCAUCUCCAAUAUCAACUUCUAUAUCAACUCCUACAUCAACUCCUACAUCACCAUCCAUAUUAUCCUCUACAUCAAUUCCUACACCAACUACUAAAUCAACUCCUACACCAACUACUAAAUCAACUCCUACAUCAACUUCUACAUCAUCUCCAAUAUCAACCUCUAUAUCAUCUCCAAUAUCCACUUCUAUAUCAUCUCAAAUAUCAACUUCCAUAUCAUCUCCAAUAUCCACUUCUAUAUCAUCUCAAAUAUCAACCAACACAUCAACUAAUGCAUUACCUUCUACAUCAAAUAUGCCAUCAUAUCCGACAUCAACUCCUUCUAUAAAUUAUACAUCAUCCCCGUCAUCAUCUCCUACGUCAUAUCCGACAUCAAUAGCAACAUCAACUCCCUUAUCAACUAUAACAUCACUUUUUACAUCAAUUUCUAUAUCAAAUAAUGCGUCAUUUCGAACAAAACCUACUCCUUCAUCAUCUACCCCGACUCCAACAUCACCUUUCGUGAAAACGGCUAUAACAACACGUAAACCACCUCGGACAUCUUCGUCUUCAUCAACACCGUCACAAGUUUGGACUCCUAAUCAUAACUCUGUGUCUGAUGAAAACAGUAUCAGACGUCAGAGCACUUCAUCAUCAUCUGGCGAUGACCUGCUUACGUCAGACCGCGGGACAAUGACGUCAACCAGUCUUGUCUAUGUGUCUGAUGACUUAAAACGUAACGGUAUAACUACAAAGAAGGAUAUCAAUACUCUAGAAAGUUCGUCAGUGUCGAACAAUUUGAAGGAUUCGAAUACGAAAGAGUCGGAAAGUAAUUUUAAACUUAUCAUUGCUAUGGCGGCUGGAUGGGGUGGAGUGUUGGGGAUAAUACUUGUACUUAUUGCAGUUCACGUGAACAGGCGACGACGACGUUCCCCGCCAGCACAAAGGUCUUUACACCUGACGUCCAAUGCUUUAGAGAACAAGCUGUACGGAGUGAUACAGAGUGAGAUGUCCUCUACAACUAAUGUGUGA